GGAGAUGCCUCCUUCUCUGCGUAUCUAUUUUCCCCAUCGAAAUAUCUGUUGCCAUGAUUCUAUUUACAAGAUCAGGGAUUCGCACAUCCAUCUCGCUUGAACUUAGCUGAAAGGGGCAAGAUCUGGGGCUGAUGCGAGCCUUGCUAUUUUAAAAAGGAGACACCUCUUACGUGUGGGGGGACCGACCGUUUCACGGAACUCUGGAGAAAACAAGCUCGCCGUCGCAUUCCCCAUUUCCAUUUCCUUGGAUCUAUCUGUCGGCGGUGCCCUCCUCCUCAAUUGCGGCCUCCAAAGAACGCCUCUACGAUUGCCGCAGAGAAGCUCCCCUCUUCAUUCAGCAUGUGCCAGCAGAUAUAAGCGCGAUGAACGGCACGAUCGGAGACACGAAGCACGGCGAUGAGCUCGCCGCCGCACAGGACGCCGCGCCUCUGCCGUCACCGAAGCCCACAUCUUCGAAUCCAGGCGUGGAAGAUCUCACUACUAGCGCAUUAAAGUUCCUAUCCACGGCCUCGACGGAAACGAUCGGUGGGAUUGCUGUUGGCCUGGCAGCAUGCACGUAUUUGAUUCUGGGAAGAGUUGGCCUUGUAUUGAUUGGCGCCUUGGGCGGCGUGGUUCUCCAUGCGACAUGGGAAGGCCAGAGCUCCACAGCGGGUUCAAUUCAAGAUGCGCGGAGGGAAACUGGGCUGGAAAUCGUGAAGCGCAUUCUGGACCUGAGAGAGGCCCGCAGAGCCUGCGAGGUAGAUGAGGAUGACAAGGACGUGACCGAGAACAGCUUCGAUGGCUUCCAACCCGAGACGGCGGCUGCUCUGAACAACCUGGUGGAUGCGGUAAUUCGAGAUUAUGUGAAGUGGUGGUACUCGCCCAUCCUCCCUAAGGACUCGACCUUCCCAGCAGCGUCCCGCCAGACGCUGACUAGAUUCCUUCUCUCCAUCUCCCAGAACUUGUCGAGGAAAAGACCGGCUGACACCUUCCUCGACUUCCUCACCAAUUCCUCCUCCAUCAUAAUAGUCUUCCUCAACGAGCUGUCAAGCGCGAUGGCUCUGUCGCAAGGAACGAACGUGCCUGCAGCGGAAGCCAUAUAUACAUACCUUUCCGCCAAUCCCGAAUCGAACCUCGCAAACAUCCUGAGUGAGAAACAGCAAGCAAGGAAGUUCAAGAUGAUCGCAGAAGAUAUAUUACAAAAUUUUCUGGAGAAACCAGCAUAUGAUUGUGACCCUGCUAGGGUAUUCUUGAGAGAGAUACUGGCUGGAGUGUGUCUAGAAAUGACGUUGAAGAGUUGUUCGAAACCCGAGUGGAUAAACGGAUGGAUCGUUUAUCUCCUUGAAGAAGGGGAACCGGAUUUCAGUCAAGCAAUAGAUGCCGGGAUGGGAAACGGAGACGACUUGCUCAGUAGCGGCUUUACUGACAUAGAUGGGUACCUGGGUAACGUCAAUUUGGCUAAAGCCCCAAAAUCACAAAAUGAAAGGCAAAAACAGGAGACUAGGAGACACAAGAAGCGUUUGAGCAGAGCCGAGGAAGCCAUGGAAGAGGCAAUGGAGGAAGCAAAGAGACUGUCACAGUUGAUUGCGGAGGAAGAUGCAAAGAGGCUCCAAACUCAGGAAAGGCUUCUGGACGUUGCACCAACCUCCGUUGCUGCUGCAGUAUUGGAUAAUGCCGCAUUGAAUCUGGAUGCGGCUCCCGUCGUCAGUCCAGAGCGAACGCAGUUGUCAACCAUAACGCCGGCUUCUUUAAGGAAUGGAGCUGCAGAACCAUCGUCGCCCCUUCGGCGAGCUGCUAGCGACCCAUUUUCGGAAUUGCCUUUAUCAAACGAGCCCUUGAAAGAGCCGAGAUCACGAGAGCCUGAACGCAAGCUUGUUGACCCUGUCAAACCCGAGCACUUGUCACCGUCACCCAAAUCAAACCAAAACGGUGCCUCUUUCACGAGCUUUGAUCAACUUGUUCCCGAAUCUGUUCCAGUUGCUCUUCAAAAUGGAACGCCUGCUCCUCGAAGGAAGACAGUUUCCUCGACUCUUCAUAAUGCGAACAUCAUAAUUUAUGACGAUUCGACAAGUUCUGAUAAGGGCAGGUUGCGCAGCAAACCAAAUGCGGAUUAUUUAGUACAAAUUGAGCCUGCGUCAUCAGAUCAUCCCGGGUGGGUGAUCGUUCGCAGAUAUCCUGAUUUUGAGACUCUGCAUGAGGUCUUGCGACGGCUUGCGCAAAUCUCCGGGGUUACGGCAUUCACAGAGCAGCACAACUAUCUCCCAAGUUGGAAAGAGCACAAUAAGGCGUCUCUACGAGGAGAGCUCGAGCGAUAUCUGCGUGAUGCAUGUUGGUUUCAACCACUCGCAGAGAGUGAAGGCAUGAAGAGAUUCCUCGAGAAGGACCAAGGGCAGUCGGCAUCGGGUUCGGGGUCAAAGAACGGCUUUCCUGGUAUUGGUUGGCCGACCCCUUCAGCUUUUGAGACAAUGGGGAAAGGCAUGCUGGAUGUGCUUACUAGUGCCCCUAAAGGGGUCACAGAAGGUGGCAAAGUCAUAGGAGGGGUCCUGACAAACAUUGGAAACCUGGGUCAGAAGAAGCCGACAAACGGCAGUUCGAGUAACCUUGGAAUGCAACACGGAGGCCGCUCUUCCACCUCGACCCUACCACGAAUGGACAGCAUGAACUCGGUUGUCGCAUCUCGGAAUAGUCGCGCAAGUGAGGAUAGUCUUAGAGCUCCACCACUCGUGAGCACACAACCAUCAAAGAUCCCCGCGAUGGAACGAAGGCCCAGUUACAACUCCAUUGCCGAAGACGACAGUGAGCGCGAGCCUCGAAAGACAGAUUCCGCCAGGUCGUCCAUGAGUGGCCGAAGGAGUACGACGCAGAGCCGGGAUCCAAGCAGAGCCCCUUCGAGAAGAGGGACGCCAUUAUCAUCCCCUAUCCAAAUGGGCGAUAUGAAUCUACCUCCUCCACCGAGUGACAUGCCCGAUGAUUACGGGCGUCAAGACGAAAGCUCUGCCGCUCAUUCUCGUACGGAGAGCAAUUUUGCCACGACAACUUGGACAUCCACAAGCACGGCUCCGUCUCAGCCAUCUCCUGGGCGCGCCUCCCUCUCAGCACCGAGGCGAGAAUCGGUUCCUGUCAUCACUCCAUCUCGAAGGCCUCGAAAGGAGGCCACACCACUUACAGAAGCAGAAACGCGACAAGCAAUUGAACUCAUGUUCGCAGUGAUCAACGAGAUGUAUACCCUUUCUUCGGCCUGGAAAUUUCGUCGCACCCUCCUGAUAGCCGCCAAAACAUUCCUCCUGCGCCCUGGAAACCCGUCACUUUCAUCAAUCCAGUCUCUAAUCCAAGAUUCUAUCAUCGUUUCAAACACUUCUGAUUCCGGCGUUGCUACCCACCUUCGUAAGCUUCGUGAAAACACGCUGCCUACAGAAGAUGAGUUGAAAGCUUGGCCACCAGAACCAACCGUGGAAGAGAAACAGCGACUUCGGAUCAAAGCCCGAAAACUCCUGGUUGAGCGGGGUGUCCCUGCGGCUCUGACAGGUGUUAUGGGCCAAGCAGCCACAGGAGAAGCCAUGGGACGGAUCUUCGAUUGUUUACAGGUCGAAGAAGUUGCUCGGGGCUUGAUGUUUGGACUUCUCUUGCAGGGCGUACGGGCUGUGACACAAUAGAUGAUGUUUGACGAUGGCGUCUGGUGGUGGUGAAGCAUUCUUCUCUGUGGUAUCCUAGUGGAAAAUGUUGGUUUUGAGCUCAUGUGGAGAUGGAGGGUACACAUGGGGACACUGUACAUGUAGUGUAAUAUAUUACCGGUAUACGGGGCACGGAACACGAUUGCAUGAUGGGUGGGAAUAUAGAACCCGGUUCUUUAUAGGGCUUGUUUAUAUCUUUGUAAUCAUUCGAGAUACCGGAUCUUGCGGUUCAAUCACUAUCAACCUUCGC